AUGAAUGGUCCAAUUGCUUUCCUGUUCAGGAAGCUGAGUGGCAGCAGUGGAGUGAAAGUGAGGAAGAUUUUGCCUCAGAGGAAGAAGAGACAGCAUAUGCACUCGUACUUGUCCCAGCAGGGGAGCUGUAUCAUUGAGCCGAGCUGCCAUCCCCGACUGGAUGGAGACAUCGAGACAGUCAGGAGUCUGUAUUCUUAUAAUUCCGUCACUAUCGGGGAAUAUCAAUCAAUCGACGAAGUGGAUGUUGAUCUGAACAUUAACGCCAACAUUUUGAAUGAGGACAUGGCUAUGGCCUGGAGAGUUCAUACAUCAGAGCCAAUUAUUGUUCGCCUGCACUUGUCUCGAUCUCAGUAUCUUGAUGGACCAGAACCAUCUGUUGAAGUCUUUCAGCCAUCUAAUAGACAUCAUUUUAAUCUUGGAAAACAACUGCAAAGUAUUUUAGCAGUUUUCAUCUCCCGAGAGUGGAACCAUCUGACUAAUGAGAACAUUACAGUGAGACAGAAGAAAAGGCACAGCUGGUUCAGACCUGGUGGAACCAUGAAGAAACUUCGUGCAAGACUUAGCAUUUGGCUACCACUGUCCAAAUCAAACACGCUGCAAGACCGCAGCCUGAGGGGAAGAUUUUUUUUGCCCGCUAUGAGACGGAAUCAUUUUGCCAAUCACACAAUGUCCUACAACAUCAAGAAUCCACCGGGAGAACUCUUCACUUACACACCCAGUGGAAAGAGGGUUGCCGUGUCAGGAGUGAAGUCGUCAGCUCAGCUCAGCACUAAGCAGCUGAUAGAGCUGCUGUUCUUCUCUCAGGCCAUAGGGCACUGCAAAACGAGCCCGACUCUACAACAUGGCUUCUUGGUGCAAGUCAUGAGGUACGCAGAGCAAAGAAUCCCCACGUUGAAUGAAUACUGCGUGAUUUGUGACGAGCGCCACGUUUUUCAGAAUGGCCCCCUGUUGAAGCCCGCCGUUUGCGCCAGGGAACUGUGCGUUUUUUCUUUUCACGCCAUGGGGGCCAUGUCCGGAGCCACAGAGGAGACAGCCACCGGUGCUGAGGUGAUCGACUUGCUGGUGGCGAUGUGCAGGUCAGCUCUGCAGUCGUCUCGCAAAAGGAUCAUAUUUGAACCGUACCCAUCUGUGGUUGAUCCAAAAAACCCCAAAAUGUUGGCCUUUUGUCCUAAGAGAAAGAGUUAUGAAAGGCUGGAAAAAGCCCUAGACAGUAUCCUGCUAAUUCGGAGCAUGGCACAGGGCUCGUAUUCAGAAAUAAAAAGGCAGAUGGACAAGACAGACCCUCUCGCCAUUCCUUUAUUGCAAUGGAUUUUAUCAAGCAACAGAUCUCACAUUGUCAAGCUUCCAGCCAACAGGCAACUGUCAUUUAUGCACACGCCUCACCAAUUCCUGCUCAUCAGCAGCCCUCCGACCAAAGAAGCUCGCUUUCAAACUGCACGCAAACUCUAUGGCAGCACCUUUGCUUUCCAUGGUUCUCACAUUGAAAAUUGGCAUUCUAUUUUAAGAAAUGGGCUUGUGAAUGCCUCCAAUACAAAAUUACAGAUGCAUGGAGCUGCAUAUGGCAAAGGGAUCUAUUUAAGCCCAAUCUCAAGCAUAUCUUUUGGAUAUUCUGACAUGGGCAAGGGACAACACCAGAUACCCUCUAAGGAAGAACUCCUGAAGAAGUAUAAUCACAUAAACAUAAUCCAACAAGAUGUUCCUUGCAGAUUUCUUCAAAGCAGCAACUUAAACUGUGUUGCACUUUGUGAAGUCAUAACAUCAAAUGAGCUCAAAAAGCACGGGAACAUCUGGAUGUGUCCCAUUCCCGACCACGUGUGCACACGUUUCCUCUUUGUGUAUGAAAACGGUUGCGUGGGGGAUGUCCACAUCAAUACUCAGGAAGAAGCCAUCCAGAACCAAAUUUUAGAAGUCAUUGCAACUAACCCCAGCUGAAAAAAAUUACAUUCCACGUAUGUUGUGAAGAUCUUUAAAAUUCCCAUUUUUGAUAAAAUGACAAA